AUGUCUCCUGCAUCAAAAAAACUUUUCAACAUCAUUAUUUUGGGACUCUCCUUUAUGUUUAUAUUCACUGCUUUCCAGACAUGUGGAAACAUUGCGCAAACUGUUAUCACCAAUCUAAACAGCACAGAUUUUCAUGGCAGUGGCUACACGAGCAUGUCCAUUAUUUAUGGAGUAUUCUCUGCAUCAAAUCUUAUCUCACCUUCAGUGGUAGCAAUAGUAGGACCUCAGCUCUCCAUGGUUGUUAGUGGUGUCUUUUAUAGCCUAUACAUUGCAGUUUUUAUCCAACCUGCUACGUGGGCUUUCUACACUGCUUCUGUUUUUAUUGGCAUUGCAGCUGCUGUGCUCUGGACAGCCCAGGGAAAUUGCUUGACUGUAAAUUCUGAUGAAAACACCAUUGGAAGGAACAGUGGAGUAUUUUGGGCACUCCUGCAGUCCAGCUUGUUUUUUGGAAACCUUUACAUAUACUUUGCUUGGCAAGGGAAAACUCACAUAUCAGAGAGCGAUCGCAGAACUGUCUUCAUUGCUCUGACUGUUAUCAGUCUUGUGGGCACAGUUCUGUUCUUUCUGAUUAGGAAACAAGAGGACACAAAAGCUCCAGGGGAGGAAGAUUCUGCUAAUGAAAUCCUGGAGGACAGCUCGUCUGCACAAAACAGACUGACGAGAGCAGUGGCUGCCUUCAAGAAAUCUAUAAAGCUGAGCUUCACCAAAGAGAUUCUGCUCCUCAGUGUUACAACAGCCUACACAGGUUUGGAAUUAACCUUCUUUUCUGGAGUGUAUGGAACAUGCAUUGGUGCUGUGAAUAGGUUUGGCAGUGAGGAGAAAAGCCUCAUUGGGCUCUCUGGCAUUUUUACUGGUGUUGGAGAAAUUUUAGGUGGAGGAAUCUUUGGUUUGCUGAGCAAGAGUAAUCGUUUUGGCAGGAACCCCAUUGUGAUGCUGGGCAUCCUUGUCCAUUUCAUAGCCUUUUAUUUAAUCUUUUUCAACAUGCCAAAUGAUGCCCCCAUUGCUCCUAUGGAAGGAACAGAUGAUGUUGCUUACAUGAUUCCCAGCAAAGAGGUGGCCAUCUUCUGCAGCUUCCUGCUGGGCCUGGGGGACAGCUGCUUCAACACCCAGCUCCUCAGUAUCUUAGGAUUCCUGUAUUCAGAAGACAGUGCUCCUGCCUUUGCCAUCUUCAAGUUUGUUCAGUCCAUCUGUGCUGCAGUUGCAUAUUUCUACAGCAACUACUUCCUUCUGCAGUGGCAGCUCCUGAUCAUGGUGGUUGUGGGCUUCUUUGGAACAAUUACCUUCUUCCUAGUGGAGUGGGAAGCAGCAACAGUUCUUGCUGCCCGUGGCUCAGACUACAGCAGCAUCUGA